AUGUCUCGUGGCGGGGAAUCCUUAGAUACCUAUCCAUGCAUGCCGUGCCGUCGGAGUCGGGACCCGGAUGUGACCAACCUCACCGUAUAUUUGGAAGAACGGGGGUUCGCAACAGCCAAUGCAAGUGUCAGAAAGUAUGCGAGACACACGGGCGAUGAUUUGUCCAGAGGGACAAGUUCCGAUUCGACGAUUCCCCUGUCCAGCGGGCAACACGGCACCGGAGUGGUAAAUCCGCCUGAGGUUGAAGGGCCUGACUUCCAAGUUGUGUGGACACCAGGACGCAAGGCUGCAGCCGAAUGCAGGGCGAUAGAACAAUGUCGUCUGUUGUUGGCAGGCUGUCAAUUGUUUGCGAUUGAUGGACAGAUACCUGAAUAG